GCCCCUCUCUUUAAAGCGAGGCAGCGGUGGCCGCCGGGAUGAUUCAGGCGCCUUGACAGCCCCUGCCCAGCAGUUCUGCUGGAUCAGGCGAGGUAGGGCUGGGCUGCACUGGGCAGCGCGGAGAGGAGCCGAGCCAGUCUUGCCCCGGGGUCGGUCCCGGGCAAUGAUCGAUGGAAGGGAGCAGCCUCCUCCGCCCCGCGCCCCUGUGAGGGGGCGAGCCCGGGCUCCCUGCUGCUCAUUGCACAACCUUGGCUGCCAACUCAGCAGCCCGAGCCGCCGCUGCCACAGCCCGCCGCGCGGGACCCUUUGGAGCCCUGGAGUUUGUCCCGACGGUCCCCAAGAGUUACUUUGCAGGGCGAGCUCUGCCCCAGCUCGGGUAACUGACAAGCCCCGGGCUCCCCGGGCACUGAAAGCUGCCCAGUCCCCAGCAGGGGCAUUGCCAAGGCUCCUACUUGGUCUCCUGCCCCAGAGCCAGCUCCAUCUCUGACACUUUAUGACUGUGUCACCCUGGGCAAAAUCACUAAACCCCUCAGAGUUCUAGGCAAUUGUCUAAGACUAGAAACUGUACUGAACUGAAAUGGACAUCUGGACCAGUGAUGGAAUUUCCUCACCUAGAAAUUCCUUUGCCAAUGAAAUCACAAUCCAGCCCCUAUCCUUAUCCCUUCAAGAAUGAUCAUGCUGGCAUAGCACCUGAAACUGAUUUCCCACCCAGAAGAUCAAAAUGAAUCUAAAUUCUUCCACCGAAGAGACUAUUAAAAGGAUCCAAGAUGACUGCCCCAAAUCAGGAAGACAUAGCUAUAUAUUCAUUAUGGUUCCCACUUUAUACAGCAUCAUCUUUGUCGUGGGAAUCUUUGGCAAUAGCUUGGUGGUGAUUGUCAUUUACUUCUACAUGAAACUGAAGACAGUAGCCAGCAUUUUCCUGUUGAAUUUGGCCCUGGCUGAUUUGUGUUUCUUAAUGACUUUGCCACUCUGGGCUGCGUACACGGCCAUGGAGUACCGCUGGCCCUUUGGAAACUGUCUAUGUAAGAUUGCUUCCGCAGGGAUCAGUUUUAACCUCUACGCCAGUGUAUUUUUGCUGACGUCCCUCAGCAUCGAUCGCUACCUGGCUAUCGUCCAUCCCAUGAAGUCCCGUCUUCGGCGCACUAUGCUGAUGGCCAAAGUGACCUGCAUUGGGAUUUGGCUGCUCGCUGGCUUGGCCAGCCUGCCGGUUGUCAUUCACCGCAAUGUCUUUUUCAUUGAGAACACGAAUAUCACGGUCUGCGCUUUUUACUACAAAUCCCACAACUCCACCCUUUUGGUGGGGUUGGGACUGAGCAAAAACAUCUUGGGUUUCUUGAUUCCUUUUCUGGUGAUUCUGACAAGCUAUACUCUGAUUUGGAAGACCCUGAAAAAGGCUUAUGAGAUUCAGAGAAACAGACCAAGAAAUGAUGACAUUUUCAAGAUCAUUAUGGCAAUAGUCCUCUUCUUUUUCUUUUCCUGGAUCCCACACCAAAUAUUCACAUUUCUGGAUGUACUGAUUCAGCUGGGCAUCAUAAAGGACUGUAAGAUCAUAGAUAUCGUGGAUACCGCAAUGCCCAUAACCAUCUGCAUAGCAUACUUUAACAACUGCCUGAAUCCCCUCUUUUAUGGCUUUUUGGGAAAGAAGUUUAAGAAAUAUUUUCUUCAGCUCCUGAAAUACAUACCACCCAAGUUCAGCUCUCAUUCCAGCCUAACGACAAAAAUGAGCUCUCUUUCCUAUCGGACAUCAGAUAACUUAAGCUUAUCUGCUAAAAAGUCAGUCGCGUGCUUUGAGGUUGAGUGAUAGACUUGAGACGGGGUGCUGGAGUGAUCAUAUGAGCAAAAAAGAAGAGAAAAAUGGCAAGGGUUUCCAUCCUUGGAUAAGUAUUCUGCAACUUUACUGAACAGUUGGCAAUUUUCCCUCCACCAACAAAAAUAUGCAACAUGAUGAUUAGAGCAAACAGUUUUUCUACACGUCUGAACAAAAUUCUUUCAUUCCUUCUACAACAAAUAGAAACAAACUUGAGAGACAGCAUGGCACGGUGGAUAGAAAACUGGACUUGGAGUUUAAAAGACCAUGACUUUUUAUCUUGCCUUAGUCACUUACUGGAUGUGUGACCCUGGGAAAAGUAUUUGACCUUUUCGAGCCCCUGAUUUCUUAGGUGAAAAGUGAGAGGAUUGGAAUAGACAUAAAGUCCCUUCUGUCUCUAAAUCCUUGUCCGAAAAAAGCUUAAACUUCCUCAAGCCAAAUUGAUCCCCAUCUUCCAUUGGGUACUAUAGAAAGAUGUCAGAUCAUGAGUCCACCAUGCAAUGACUUUUCAAAGUUCUGGUGGCCAAGUCAGAUUCUGUUCUUGCUCCACUGAUCCUCCUUCAGAAUCUCCUCUUGCCUGAUUUAACCAUUAUUCUGUUUGAAAACUCUUUCCACCAGGACAGAUGAACAGCUUGUCUAUAACUCAGAGCAUCUGAGAGCUGGCAGAGAGUAUUUAGUACUUGAAUGCUUGGUUUAUUCCAAGGUCCUGCCCUCUCUCCAUCAACAGCACCAUCCGGAUAGAGUACGAAGGAGACUUGGAAUGGGCUUUGAGGGUUCAAAACAACCGAGCAGGAGAGGAGAGCAAGGGUACACUGCCAUACCCAAUUUCUAUUGUGUGGUACUUGGGUUCCUGUUUAGGUUAAAUAACAUCUGUGGCUGAUUUGUAAAUGGAACUCCAUAUUUUCUUUUCAAGGUUCAGAAGUUUUUUGUGAAGCUCAGCUGGUGUGUCUUGUACAUUUGUCACUGUCAGUGCAAUUCUAGCUAAACGACGUCUUGGUGUAAAAAUGUGUUCCAGUGCUCAUGUACCAAAGGUAAACUGCUCACGGUUUGGAAUGGUCCUGAACCGAACGUGCGUGUAUUCCCUGAGACCCUUGUCAUCUUUUGUAUCUGAGAAGAAAAAAGAGGAAUAUGUCCCCUCUGGCACAAAUGCCAUGUCCUUCCUUUUCAAACCUGGUUCUUCUGUAUGCGUAUUUAACUAUUUGCUGUUAUUCAGUUAAAAUAUGACAAAGCUGUAACUUCCAUAAAAUGAAACAUGCCUUUUAUCCUUAUUAAUAUAUAUAUUCAUCUUUGGAAUUAAACACAACUGUGAAAAAGUAUGUAUAUAAUUUACACUUAAUUAUAUCCAUGUUAAUAUAGCGUAUCGGUAACAGCAACUGCCACAUGUAUGCUUUCAUAGGAAUGUGUACAAACAUAUAUGUACACAUACACACAUGCAUAUACCAUCACUGGAAAGCUUCAGACAGUAGCUGGUUAUUUACACUGGAAAAUCUGAGCACCAGCAUACACUUUCCUGAAUAUUCUAAAUACUUUUCAUGUAACACUUAAAACCUUUACUCGUGUUAAAAUGUUGCAUUUCUCUUCUAGUCAGGUUAUUUCUUUAUUUUUGUUUUUCUAUAAAAAAUAAAAGAACAAUAGUAUUUUGUGACCAAAUAUUGGAAUAUAUCUUUUUAUUUCCUUAAUAAAAAUAUUGUCACUCACUAA